AUGAGUAUAUAUAGGAUACAGCAACAGCCUACAAGAAGUUGUGGAGUUGGAUAUGGUGGAGAACAUGGAGUUGGAUAUGGGGGUGGUGGUGGCAGUGGAAAUGGAGGUGGUUAUGGUGGCGUUGUAGGAGAUCAUGGUACAGGUUACAAUCAUGGCGUGGGAUAUGGAGGUGGAGGAGGUAGUGGAAGUGGGUAUGGUGGUGGAGGAUAUGGUGCUGGCGGGGGAUAUGGUGGAGGACAAGGGGGAGGAUAUGGCGGUGCUGGUUUAGAACAUGGUGGAGGAGGUGGAGGUGGUGGUGGUGGUGGUGGCGGUGGAGGUGGUUAUGGAGGGGGAGGAGCUCAUGGAGGAGGAUAUGGAGGAGGAGAAGGAGGUGGUCAUGGUGCUGGAGCUAUAGGUGGAUAUGGUGGUGUUGGAGGAGGAGGAGGAGCACAUGGAGAAGGAUAUGGUGGAGGUGAAGGAGGUGGUCAUGGUGCUGGAGCUAUAGGUGGUUGUGGUGGUGUUGGAGGAGGUGGUGGAAAUGGUGGUGGCGGAGGAGGAGGUUAUGGAGCAGGAGGAGCACAUGGAGGAGGAGAGGGAGGUGGUCAUGGUGCUGGAGCUAUAGGUGGAUAUGGAGGGAUAGGAGGUGGUGGUGGUGGAGAAGGUUAUGGAGCAGGUGGAGGACAUGGAGGAGGAGAAGGAGGUGGUCAUGGUGGUGGAGCCAUAGGUGGAUAUGGUGGUGGAAGUGGUGGUGGUGGGGGAGGAGGUUAUGGAGCAGGGGGAGCACAUGGAGGAGGAUAUGGGGGAGGACAAGGUGGUGGUGGUGGAGGUGGUUACGGGGCAGGAGGAGCACAUGAAGGAUAUGAAGGGGAAGGAAGUGGCCAUGGCAGCGGUGGAGCUCUGGGUGGCUAUGGUGGUGCUAGUGGCGGCGGCAGUGGAAGUGGUUAUGGUGCUGGGGGUGGGUAUGGAAGUGGUGGAGGUCAGGGUGGCGGCCACGAUGGUGGCUAUGGGCCUUAA